UUCAAACUUCAUCCCUCGCGCAGUGCAUUCCACCUGUUGAACUAGCAUUUCUAUCCCUGAACCGUCGAUCCAUCCAUCCAUACUCCUCUCAUCAUGGCCUCCACAAACUACAAAGAAGCGUUCUCUCUCUUCGAUAAGCGCGGCACCGGGCGCGUCGCGCUCGAGUCCCUGGGCGACCUGUUGCGCGCGUGCGGCCAGAACCCUACCCUGGCGGAGAUUGCGGACCUCGAGAAGAGCGUUGGUGGUGAUUUCGACUUCGAGUCCUUCUCCAAGGUUCUCAACCGACCAGGCGGAUUCCGCGAGCCCGGCGAGCCCGAGGAGUAUUGUCGUGGAUUCCAGGUGUUUGAUAAAGACAUGACGGGUGUGAUUGGCGUGGGACAGCUUCGUUACAUCCUGACGAACUUGGGCGAGAAGAUGUCAAACGAGGAAGUCGACGAGCUGCUCAAGGCGGUUGAUACCAGUUCCGGCGAGAUCAACUACACCGAUCUUGUCCGGACCAUCCUGGCCAACUAAUAACGAUACCCUGAAUGUCACGAUUCCACGUCUAGUU